AGCGCAGCCGCCGGGGGACUCGGGGUCGGCGUCGCCGUCGGCCGCGGGGCCGGGAGAGGAGUCUUCGGACAGCGAAGGGGAGCACGAGGGCCCCCAGAAACUCAUCCGCAAAGUCUCCACCUCGGGCCAGAUCCGGAGCAAGACUAGUAUAAAGGAAGGAUUACUUUUGAAGCAAACCAGCUCUUUCCAGAGGUGGAAAAAACGUUACUUUAAACUUCGGGGCCGUACUCUUUACUAUGCCAAGGAUUCAAAGUCCUUAAUAUUUGAUGAAGUUGACCUGUCUGAUGCCAGCGUUGCUGAAUCGAGCACAAAAAAUGUCAACAACAGCUUCACGAUAAUCACACCAUUCAGGAGACUAAUAUUGUGUGCAGAGAACAGAAAAGAGAUGGAGGAUUGGAUCAGCUCACUGAAGUCUGUUCAGUCCCGAGAACAUUAUGAGACUGCACAGUUUAAUGUGGAACAUUUCUCAGGGAUGCAUAACUGGUACGCCUGCUCCCAUGCACGACCCACCUUCUGCAAUGUAUGCAGAGAGAGCCUUUCUGGAGUUACUUCCCAUGGCCUGUCCUGUGAAGUGUGCAAGUUUAAGGCUCACAAAAGAUGUGCAGUGAGGGCAAUAAACAACUGCAAAUGGACUACAUUGACUUCUAUUGGAAAAGAUAUUAUUGAGGAUGAAGAUGGUGUGGCUAUGCCUCACCAGUGGUUAGAAGGAAAUCUGCCUGUCAGUGCCAAAUGUGCCGUCUGCGACAAGACCUGUGGCAGUGUCCUACGCUUGCAGGAUUGGAAAUGCCUUUGGUGUAAAACUAUGGUGCACACUGCUUGCAGAGAUUUGUAUCCUCAUAAGUGUCCACUUGGCCAAUGUAAAGUAUCCAUUAUUCCGCCCACAGCACUGAACAGUAUAGACUCUGAUGGAUUCUGGAAAGCGACGUGCCCACCAACUUGUGCCAGUCCUCUCUUGGUUUUUGUUAAUUCGAAGAGUGGCGACAAUCAGGGAGUAAAAUUUCUGCGCCGAUUCAAACAGUCACUAAAUCCAGCUCAGGUGUUCGAUUUAAUGAAUGGAGGUCCUCAUUUAGGUUUACGCUUAUUUCAGAAGUUUGACAAUUUCCGAAUCCUAGUGUGUGGAGGAGAUGGAAGCGUUGGUUGGGUCCUGUCUGAAAUUGAUAAGCUCAACUUACACAAACAGUGUCAUUUGGGAGUGUUACCUCUUGGUACAGGAAAUGACCUUGCCCGUGUCCUUGGCUGGGGAGGGUCUUGUGACGAUGACACGCAACUUCCUCAGGUUUUGGAGAAGUUAGAACGGGCUAGCACCAAAAUGUUAGACCGGUGGAGCAUAAUGUCAUAUGAACUGAGAUUACCAGCAAAGCAAUCUAUUCUUUCUGUUACCCAAGAGGAAGAGUCUGAGGAGUGUCAGAUGUCUGUGUAUGAAGAUUCAGUGGCUGCUCAUUUGGCUAAGAUCCUUGAUUCUGAUCAGCACUCAGUUGUCAUAUCAUCUGCCAAGAUAUUAUGUGAAACGGUAAAAGGCUUUGUUGCCAAAAUAGGGAAGACCUGUGAAAGACCAAUGGAAAACGCAGACGCUGAUGCUAUGGCCAUUAAAUGUUCAGAGUUGAACGAGAAGCUAAACCUGUUGCUUCAGGCUCUUCACGCUGAAGCCCAGGUUACAUCCAUGCUGCCAAGGAUCACUCCCCCCAUUGUAGAGGAAGAAGCUGAAGAAUCCUCAAGUGAAGAAUCUUUGUCGGAUGUCAAGGAUCAGUUGACAGAGGGCAAUAGGACAUCCACCACACACCAGAUCUUCAAGCCACGAGAACAGUUAAUGCUCAGAGCAAACAGUUUAAAGAAAGCUCUAAGGCAAAUAAUUGAGCAAGCAGAAAAAGUUGUGGAUGAACAGAAUGCCCAUACCGAAGAGCAAAUAAAUCAGUCAUCAAUGGAAUAUAGUAAGGAAUUGGAUGGAUCCAAAGAAGAAGAAAAAGAUGAAGAUACAAAGGAAUCUGAAUCUCAGCCAAUUAAAACCGCCCCCAAAUCUCCAGACGGACAGAGAAGUCGCAUUCCUUCACAUGCAAGCUCUUUUUCAGCCCCAGCUUGCACAAUCAACAAAGAAAAUCUCCCGGUACUGAACACCAGGAUAAUUUGUCCAGGCCUAAGAUCAGGUCUUGCUGCCUCUAUUGCAGGGAGUUCUAUUAUCAGCAAAAUGUUACUAGCCAACAUUGAUCCAUUUGGUGCUACACCCUUUAUUGAUCCUGAUCCAGAAUCGUUGGAAGGAUAUUCAGAGAAAUGUGUCAUGAACAAUUAUUUUGGAAUUGGAUUAGAUGCAAAGAUUUCAUUAGAAUUUAACAACAAACGAGAAGAGCACCCUGAAAAAUGCAGAAGCAGGACAAAGAACAUGAUGUGGUAUGGUGUACUUGGCACUAAAGAAUUAUUGCAACGGACCUACAAAAACUUAGAACAAAAAGUUCAGCUUGAGUGUGAUGGGCAAUAUAUUCCGCUCCCUAGUCUUCAAGGCAUAGCUGUUCUGAAUAUUCCAAGCUAUGCCGGUGGAACGAAUUUCUGGGGUGGAACCAAGGAAGACGAUAUAUUUGGGGCACCAUCAUUCGAUGAUAAGAUCCUGGAGGUUGUUGCAGUAUUUGGAAGUAUGCAGAUGGCAGUUUCCCGUGUUAUCAAGCUGCAGCACCAUAGGAUAGCUCAGUGCCGGUCAGUAAAGAUCACCAUACUUGGAGAUGAAGGCGUCCCUGUGCAAGUGGAUGGAGAGGCAUGGAUUCAGCCCCCAGGAAUUAUUAAAAUUGUGCAUAAAAACAGAGCACAGAUGCUAACACGAGACAGAGCCUUUGAAAGUACACUGAAGUCCUGGGAAGACAAGCAGAAAUGUGAUUCCUGCAAACCAGUACUGAGAUCCCCUUUGUACCCUCAACAGGCUGUGGAACUGACCACAGAAGAAGAAGCUUUACAAAUCCAGUUGUGUUCUCAGGCUGCUGAAGAACUGAUUACCAGAAUCUGUGAAGCUGCAAAAAUACACAGCCUGUUGGAACAAGAGUUGGCUCAUGCUGUAAAUGCAUGUUCUCAUGCAUUAAACAAAGCCAGUCCAAGAUUCCCUGAGAGCCUUACAAGAAACACUGCCCUUGAGGUAGCUGUCAACGUGAAGGCACUGCACGAUGAGACUGAAUCCUUGCUAGUAGGAAGGGUCCCUUUGCAGUUAGAUUCCCCCCAGGAAGAGAUGCUCACAACAGCUGUGCACGGUUUGGAGACUGAACUAAGAAAGCUUGCUGAAAUUCCUUGGCUCUUUUAUGUUCUGCAACUAAAUGAUGAUGAGGACCCUCCUUUGGAAUAUACUAAAAGAAACAACAGAAGCACGGUAUUUCGCAUAGUGCCAAAGUUUAAAAAGGAAAAGGUUCAAAAACAGAGGACUAGCUCUCAACCUGUUCAAAAAUGGGGCACAGAUGAAGUUGCUGCUUGGCUGGAUCUUCUCAGUUUGGGAGAGUACAAAGAAAUCUUCAUCAGCCAUGACAUCCGAGGCUCUGAGCUUUUGCAUCUGGAAAGGCGAGAUCUUAAGGACCUGGGGAUAACGAAGGUGGGUCAUAUGAAGCGAAUUCUUCAGGGAAUUAAAGAACUUGGCAGAACCACACCUUUGUCUGAAGUAUAGUUCUGUUGUUACCGCCGUAAAGAAGAAACACUGCUUAUGCAAAGCUGUGGAGUCAGGUAACCUUCUGUGUAGGUUACUCCAUGGAUGAGUGAGCAUCAGUAUGUGAAAAGCAUGAUGUUGUGUUUGGGGCAUUGUAUGACUAAAGAGCCUGGUGUG